AUGCUCUUCCUGAGCCUUCUGACCCACAAUCCUCCGUUAGUCGUUCUCCGCGCGCACCCGCACCCGCACCCGCAACCACCCAAGACCAUGCUGUUACUAUGCUGUGUCUUGCUGUCGCUAGCUCACCUGGCUACAGCCCAAGUACCGUUCCUGGGUCCCUGCAGCGCAGUGUCUACUGUGGAGAACUUCACUCUAUCAAGGUACUUGGGUCGCUGGUACGAGGCGGAGCGUUACUUCAACCUGAUGGAGUUCGCUGGUAAAUGUGUCACCAACAACAUCACCGACACCAGCACAGACAACAACACGCAGCUGGUGAUCCUCACCAAACAGACCAGCUGGCUUACCGAUAUAAACUCCUCAAUGAAGGGGCAGAUGAGGCCGACGGACCAGAGAGGCGAAGCUGCCAAGAUGAUAGUCCGAUACCUGCCAAUGGACCUGUCUGUAAAUCACUGGAUUCUCGACACUGACUAUGACAACUACGCCGUGGUCUACUCAUGCGUAGACAUUGGUUCAGUGCUCAGCACGAGGAACGCGUGGAUCCUGACCCGGGACCGUUCGCCACCGCUGGAGGUGAUGGAGAAGGCGUAUUCUGCUAUAGAUCGCAACAACAUCUCACGAGCGUUCUUCAUCAGAGUUGACCAGAGUGACCGAAGCUGCCCGGAGUAUGCGGUCAAGGAGUAACGCUGUACACCCAACCUUCACUGCAGAGAAGAAAUAAGUGAGGGAAAGUCCUUGUGUUUCUUUUUGUGGAUCAGGUCUGCAUAAUUCAGAAGCUUAAUCCUGGAACGUUAAAA